AUGGCUACAGAACAAUUUAAUGAUCAAAACUCAAUCGAACCAGUACAGAAUACAACACAAUUAAAUAAAUCAACUUUACUGAUAUCUGCUAUAGCAUUAUCCGUUAUUAGCGUAUGUGGCUUGGUGGGCAAUAUGAUAGUUCUGAUCUUAUUUCCUAAGAUUAGGCCCAAAAAACCUAAUUUUGCCAAGAUCCAUUUCCAGCUACUAUGGCAUGUUGCACUAGCCAGCCUCUUCAAUUGCACCCUAGCAGUACCAAUGCUAAUCCUCGAUGUACUUCUCGAAGAAGAUCAGCAUUAUAUACCGUGUAUUAUUUAUAAAAUUACUACCGUCGGCUGUACUUCAGUGGUAUGCUUUUGCUUUACAAUGUUAGCUUUUGAACGACUGUUGGCUGCAGAUUUCAUUAAACGCCUUCAUUACUAUGCUAGAUCUCACGAAAAAAGAUUUAAUAAUAAUCGCUUCAUAUUGGCUGCUUUAUGGAUCUGUACUUGGUCAAUUCAAAGCAUUAGCCUUGCAAGGAUGCAUUAUCCGUCGCACUAUCUUCCUUGCUAUCAUAUAGUUAACGUAAGAAAUCACAAAAUCAAUCAAACUAUCUUGGCUAUUGUCCGAAAACUGGAUAUUGCAAGCAUCAUUUGGGAAAAUUUUCACUUCUGGAUUGCCGCUGUAACUACAAUUUUAUCAUUUAUCCUUGUAACUAGAAAAAUUUCUACACAUAUAAGUAGUGCCGCAUCAUUACACCUACAGGAUAACGAUAAAUUUGCCAAGAUGACAUCGAAAAUGCGCAAGGUAGGAUUUACUUUGGUGGUAAUCUUCUUGAUCAGUUUUACUCCAUUGACAAUUAUUGAAUUAGAUGAUUUAUGUGGUCGCGAAAGACAUCCAGAUAUCCGUUUAAUUACGAUGGCUCUAACCGAUAUUUCAUCAGCUAUCAACCCAAUCAUUUACUUUGUUAUGUAUCAGAGAUUUCGUCAGGCUAUCAAAGCUUUAUUAACAUCGUUCAUGAAUUCAUGCUUCGGUAGAAAAUAA